CACCACCAAUCAUUUCAACUUUCUCGAAGACCGGGAAGAUUUAACAAAAACAAAAACAAGAAAAAAAAAAAAAUAAUCCGAUUUUUUCUGAAACAAAAAACAGCCACCUUGUUGUACCGAGCUCUUUGGGUUUCGUUGGUAAUGGAAACGGUUGUGGAGGAUCGGGAAGAGUACGGCUGGAGAGACGUCAAGCUGCCUGUUUUGAUACCGAUAGUGCCAGAGGCGGAGCCAGAGCUGGAAAGAGAGACAGGGGAGAGGAGGCGAGGCCGGGACAUACUGAUAGCCGUGGAUCACGGGCCCAAAAGCAAGCACGCCUUUGAUUGGGCCAUCAUCCACCUCUGCAGGCUCGCUGAUACCGUCCAUCUCCUCCAUGCUGUUUCCAGCGUGAACAACGAUGCCGUUUACAACACGAGCCAGGUGCUUAUGGAGAAGCUUGCGGUUGAGGCUUUUGAAGUUGCCAUGGUGAGGACUGUGGCUCGGAUUGUGGAAGGGGAUCCUCGUAAGGUAAUUUGCAAGGAAGCAGAAAAGUUGAAGCCUGCAGCGGUGGUCAUGGGUACCCGAGGCAGAGGCAUUGUUCAAAGUGUACUGCAGGGAAGUGUGAGUGAGUAUUGCUUCCACCACUGUAAAUCAGCACCUGUUAUAAUUGUUCCCGGGAAAGAAGCUGGAGAUGAGUCGUUGAUCUAGUGAAUGGCACUGAAGAUAGUCACAGGUUUUCUGUAAGUCCUGAUUGUUGUGGUUUUCAAUAAUAGCUUGCUUGGUUGUAGAUAGUUGCAGGUUUUCUUUGUGUGAAAGGUAGUGAUUUUGUAAUGAGAAGGAGCAUUAUAUAAUAGUGUGACCAAUUUAUAUAGUUUAUUAAUGUUUUAUUUGAAUUA